AGAAUCACUGCACUGGACACAACACACCGACUCUGAGCUGUGAACAUGAUGCGCAGGACUCUGAUCCGCGUCGGACUGCGACUGAACCGACAGCCGGGCACCGGGAUGGGGGCACCGGCAGCCGGCCUGGGCCCGGACUCCCACCGACGAUAUGUGUCCAGCUCCGCCGCCCCCCCCAGCAGCAGCAGCAGCAGCACCUCCGUGGUGGGAGCACCCCCCAACAAACUGAAAGCCAUGGACGAGCUGCACGGACCCAGUCUCUUGACCAACCUGUACUGGCUCUUUGUGAAGGGAUACUCACAGACGACUCAACAGAUGCAGAUCGAGCACCGCAAGAUCUACGGUCCGCUGUGGAAGUCGGAGAUAGGUCCUCUGACCCUGGUGAACGUGGCUCAGGCAGACCUGAUAGAGCAGGUUUUGAGGCAGGAGGGGAAAUAUCCGAUCCGGACCGACAUGCCCGUCUGGAGGUUGUACCGAGAGAUGAGGAACCAGGCCUAUGGACCCCUGACCGAGAUGGGGGCCAACUGGCAGCGGAUCCGCAGUAUCCUGAACCCGCGGAUGUUGAUACCCAAACACGUUUCCUCCUACACUAACACCAUCAACGAGGUGGUGACAGACUUUAUCGACAGACUGGCCUGGGUGAGGGAGAAAGACGGCCAGGGAGUUAUGGUCAAUAACCUGACGGAGGAACUCUACAAUUUUGCUUUUGAAGGUAUCUGUUCAGUGUUGUUUGAGACACGUAUGGGCUGCUUGAACGAGGUGUUGCCUGAGGAAACCAAAAAGUUCAUUACUUCCGUUGGGGAAAUGUUCCACCUCACGCAGGUCGUGAUCCUCUUCCCGAAGUCCGUGUGGCCCUACCUUCCCGCUUGGAAACGGUUUGUGGCGGCCUGGGAUCACCUCUUCAAAGUCGCUGGGGAGUUGGUGCAGAAGAAAAUGGAGGAGAUACAGGAGAAGGUGAAACUGGACCAGCAGCUGGAGGGAGCAUACCUCACACACCUGCUGUUCAGCGACAAGAUGACGAUCCCUGAGAUUCUGGCAAGCAUGACUGAGAUCCUGCUGGCAGGAGUCGACACGACCUCCAACACUAUCUCCUGGGCUCUGUACCACUUGGCAAAGCUGCCAGAGAUCCAGGAACAGUUGUACCAGGAAGUGAUAGGAGUUUGCCCCGGAGACAAGAUUACGUCCAGUGAGGACAUCGCUCAGAUGCCAUACCUGAAGGCCAUCAUCAGGGAGACGCUACGGAUGUAUCCAGUGGUGCCAGGAAACGCCCGCGUCAUUGCUGAAGACGAUGUUGUGGUGGGAGAUUACGUCUUCCCCAAAAAUACGUUGUUUCACCUGUGCCACUACGCUGUGUCCUAUGACGAGAGCGUCUUUCCCGACCCUCACACCUUCAGACCGCAGCGAUGGCUCCGCGGAGAGGUGGAGAGGGUCAAGCAUCACCCGUUUGGGUCGGUGCCGUUCGGUUUUGGGGUCCGGGCGUGUCUGGGUCGACGAGUGGCAGAGCUUGAGAUGUAUCUCCUCUUGUCCAGGUUGAUAAAGCGAUACGAGGUGAGGCCGGACCCUACUGGACAGACAGUGAAGCCCAUCACCAGAACCCUGCUCUGCCCUGCUAAACCAAUCAACCUGCAGUUUCUGGACAGGAGGCGCUAGAGGGAGGAGGCGAGUGUGGGGGCAGCAGAGGGAGGAGUUUCUCUGUGAACUGGUUUAGUAUUCCCUUGGUGUAGCCUGCCUGUCAGCGGACACCACGGCUCAGAUACAGAGAAGUGGCUGCGUGGAAUAUGCCAAAACUGUGACUUUUAAAACGUUUUAUGGAUGCAAAUAUGGAAUAUUUUACCUAGUGUGAGUGUAAAGAGUUUCGUCCGUUUUCUUCCGCUGUAGCUUCGCAGCAGGAAGAAUUUGAUGACCUUGACUUUGAGUGAGAUUUCCUUUAGUUUCCACAACACAAAAAUACAUCAAUUUAACGUCUUCAGCACAAAUCUGUUGGUAUUUUCAUUGUUGUCCACAAACCCCGUGAGCAACUUAAAUAGUUUCAAAAUAUCAAAUCAACUUAAAACUAAGUUGAUAUAAAAUUUUAACUUUUCCCAAAAAAGUUUCCAAACUGGCAACGACACUCAAGCAGUGGACAUGUGCUGGGGCUACAGUGAAUGUAGGAUUUACAGUGGGUGUGUGUGGGUGUGUAUAUUGUGGGUAACAGAACAUGUUGAUGUAACAUAGCUAUAUAUUGAGAUUACAAAGUAUAAGUAACUCUAUUUAGUUACAAUUUAAAUCGAUGGGAAUCUAAAUACUUUACAUUUAUCAAUAAAUACAUGACUUUUUACUAUUGUAAAGGUUCGUUAUUUACUCUGAUAUUUAAAAGAGUUUAAGUGGAAUGUUUAGUUAAAUGUUGUUCAUCAAGCUACUAAAUGUUCCAAGUUAUUAGCAUUAUGACCCUGUUAGCUUUGAGUUGGAGUUCUUUUUACAACAUGCAUGAUGUGUAUUAUAGUUUACCCACUUAUUUCUAUGCACCAUUAUGAAUACCGACCUAAGUGUCUGGGAACAUUUAAACAACUGUAUGAGCCUAUGUUAUCUACAAUCUACGUUAUUUAUAUCUUUUCAACCAUGUGGAAAAACAGAGGAUGUAAAAACUGCCUUUUUCUCAUGUUAUUUUUAUUUAAGAUGAUUUGUUUAAGGCAAUAAAGGGAAAACUAAAUGCUC